CACUACAAAGCGGUGGAACGUCGCAGGUGAUUAAUCGUGCCUAGUGGCUUCUGAGUGAUAGAAAUAAAGCAGCUGGUUAAACUUGGUAAAGAUUUGAAAAAAUAUGGGAAUGAGCAAAAUAAGGGUAUGGGUUCAAAUUCGCAGAUACGAUCUACUCGAAGGAGAAAAUGACAAAGUACAAACUAUUUUGCAGCAAGUUACUUUGGAGCCAGAAUUAACAUUCGACGAUCUCAGGCUUGCCCUAUUCUGUUUGGUUGGCAUUGAAGAUGAUGGAAAUAGAGUAUUGAAAGUCAGAAGACAUGACAAUAAUCUAAUACCAGUUUCCACUUUGCUCGAUGGCUCCUCAAAGGACAAGCCAUUCAUUGUGGACGUUGUUCGCAUUCAUCAAUACUGCCUACCCAAAGAACGAAGUAUUCCACCUGGGUACGUAGAAGCUCUAUCACUGAAGCUGAACAAUCUUGAGAAAAGAAUGAUUUUGGUGGAAAAUGAAUUACCAGAAUUAGAGGCUCUGAGAAUCGCUGCGAUAGAGGAUGCAGCAUCUCAAUUAGGCAGCUGCGUUAACUUUUUGGACCGCAGACUAGAUGAGCUAGCCCCUCCUCAUUGGAAAGCACAGAUCGGAUCAAGCAUUUAAUUUAUAAAAAUACAUCAGAAUGAAUCCAAAGAUGAAUAAAUUCCGAAGCUAACUUUCUAUUGAGAACUUUAUUCCUGAUACCGGAAUUUUUAACACACUUUCUGUUACAUUUAACGCAAAGAAAUCAAAGUAUGUGUGUCAGAUGAUUUAUCUUCACUCAAUAGUAAUAAUUAAUUGAAGAACUUCAAUUAUUUAUUUUGUGAUUUCGGAUACUCGGUCAUUGAGAGGAAGGAGAGAAUGUUUGGCAGCCUUACUGUAAUACUGUCAUUGUGAACAAAAAUAACACAAUACUUUUGAAUACAAGAGGGAUUGUAUUUUGGGGAUAACUGUGUAUUAACAAUUUACAUAACGUGUGAAUUCAAUUACUAAAUAGAUACAUGCUAUGUAACAAAAAUAA